AUGUGGAAACAUUUCAAAUUUGAUCCUCGUACAAUUAAUUUUUCUUAUGAUACAGAUGACAAACUAAGUGAUUUCGAUGUACUAUUACAUUCCGCAUGGGAUCGCGCUGUUGCCGAAGGUCAAUUUAAAUAUAAAAUUGAUCAAAAUAUUAAAAAACGAAUACUUGACGGUGAUCUUCAUUAUGUCAUUGAAUUAAAUCCUAGUCGAUUUGACAAACGUCGAUUACCGGAUCCAUUUGAACGUGUGGAUACACCAUUUGAUAAAAACAGAUUUAAUUUUAAUAAAAUUAAAGACGAAGAAAUACUGUUUUCUUUAGAUGAUGAACAACAAACUGAUAAACAUCUAGUAAUAAUUAAUAAUUCACCGGUUCGUCCAUAUCAAGUGUUACUUGUACCAAAUCGUCAACUCGAACAGUCACAAAUUUUAACAGUCGAUUGUAUUUUAUUUGGACUUCGUGUUGUUGCUUCAAGUGCUUAUCCAUUUAUGUAUGUUGGCUUUAAUUCACUUUGUGGUUAUGCAUCAGUCAAUCAUCUUCAUCUCCAUGGAAUUUAUAUGCCGAAUCGUUUAUAUAUUCAAACUGUUAAAUGUUCACCAUUUCAUGUGAAUUCUAAUUGUUAUCUUUUUGAUCUAUUCGAUGUACAAGGAUUUGCUUUUGAAAUAAAACAUGUCGACGAAUUUGAUAAAAUUGCUCAGCGUAUUAAUACAGUAACAAAUUAUCUUGUUUCAUCCGAUGUUGCUCAUAAUAUGACGAUCAUGAAAGGAGAUUCAUUUUCGUCAUCACAACCAGCUCUACGUGUUUUCGUUUGGUUACGUCAAUCGAAUAUAGGAGCGAAAACAUUUCAUCAAUGGAAUAUUGGCUGUUUAGAAUUGUCAGGUUAUACAUUUCUUCAAUAUGAAGAGAUAUUUAAUGAUGCAAAUGAAGCAAAAUUUCGUGAAUGUAUUAAUGGCGUAGCAUUAUCAUCGGAAGUACAACAAAAAAUCAGAGACGAUGUGAAAAAUUUAUUAGACCAAUAG